AUGGCUCUCCCUGCCCAACGGGUGCCACAUGUUGUCUCCUUACUGUUUUUGCUGCUGCGCUUCUGGACGUUGGUGUCUUCAGGCGAGCUGGAGAUGAUCGACCGAGACGCACCUGAGCUCAGCUGCAGCGAGGCUUUGACUGACUGCCAUGUGAGCUCAGGCUAUCAGUUCUGUGCUGCUGUGACGGAUCCUUCGGGCCCAGUGGACAUUGCUGAGGUGCAGCUUGAAGUCGUCCUGUGUUGUCCAGCCAGACAAGACUGUAAAAUCUGCCUGCAAAUCAUCAUCAUUCUCCAAGAAGUAGACAAAGCAGCGGACGUUUCUGGGGAGUCCAGUGACGACAGUGAUGACGAAGCUUGGGUGAAAGUGGCUCUCAGCUCCCCAGGUGCUGAAGAAGUUUGUAAGGCACUCUGGUUUAAACCAAGUUACUCCAGUUUAGCUCAUCCCUCUAAACAGUCCACACAUAAGCUGCUGCUGACAGAGAAAAUGGAGUUUGGCAGUCCUGUUGUGGUUUUGGCUCAUUCAAAGGAAACACAACACAUCCAGAAUAUCACUAUUCCAUCCUUAGAAGAAGUUUGCUCCAUGAAGCUUGAUUGGGCCGUGAAGGAAUGCAAUGUUCCCAAACUGCGAGUAGCGACUGAUCAGAAGAAAAAUGUGGUCCUUCUGCAACUGGAGAACACUGAUACCAGACAAGAUGAACUCAUGUGGCAGAUGGUUUGGAAUGGAAGCCCUGGAGAGGUUCUUAUAUGGCCUAAAGGCAAGACAGAGAUGAUCAUUCCAUCAAACUAUGUUGCACCAUGCCUGUGCUUCAAGGUGUGGUGGAAGGGAAAGGAUCUUCAGAGAGAUUACUGCCCUUUCAAAAAUCAACAAGAUGCACUUGAAAGAAUGCGACACAAUGUGUCGGUGUCUGUGGUGGAGGCUCAGAUGAGGACGGGGGAAGCAGGGCUGAGCUGGAAUGUAACUGCACCCUGCAGGCUGGAGGCAGAGGUGUGGCUGUGCAAGAAGAACCUGGCAAGACACCAGUGUGAAGAGGUGACGGGCUCCAGACAGAGAUUACAAGCUGGCUGGAGCACAACACGCAGUGGACACUGGCAGACAGGAGAGUUCAACGUGUCGUCCCACCCUCUGCUUUGUGUUCAGUUAAACAUUAAAGGGAUGAAGUCACACUUGGAGCCCCAGUGUCCAUUUACAACAUCUCGAUCGAGAUGGAGCGUUCCUCUUCUCAUCGGAUUAUUCCUGAUAUCAUUGACCAUACUAGGAGCCUAUAUUAUACAAGGGAUCCUGAAAGGUUAUGUUUGGAGAUGGUUGAAAGAGGAUGAUGUUAAAGGGGCGGUGGGUGGCGGUCAUGUGGUGCUGCUGUACUCGUCUGAGGAUGACCGGGGUCUGCCAGGGUUGCUGUGCCAUUUGGGUUCAUCCCUGCAGGCCCUUGGCUUCAGUGUGUCUCUGGACCUGUGGAGCCAGGCUGAGCUCAGCAUGCUGGGCCCGGUGCCAUGGCUCCACUCGCGAUUGGACCGACUACAAAGGCAAGGGGGCAAAGUGGUGCUAGUCCUAACCCGGGCCACCUGGACAAGGGCUGAAGAGUGGGGAGCUCGGAGCUCGGAAAGAAGCACUCCCGGAGAGAGGAACAGAAGCAAAGAGGAAGAGGAGGAAGGAAGAAGCUACGCUGCCUCUUCUCCGUGUGCAGAUGUGUUCAGUGCUUCGCUGAGCUGUAUUCUAGCAGACUAUUUACAGGGCCGUGCGGGUGAACGGUUUAUGUUGGUGCAGUUUGAGUCUCUGCCGCCUGAACUUCCGGGUAGUUUCCGGCCGCUGCCACAACUUUUCCGCGGCCUUCACGUCUACAGCCUUCCCUCCCAGAGUCUGGGCUUUCUGACUGAACUGGCUGGAGCUCAGCAAGUGGCUACUGCAGCAGCUAGAAGGAAAAGGGCAGGCGGGCUCAGGAUGGCAUCUCGAGCUCUGGCCCAAAGGCUCUCUGGGUUUACAGCAGGGACAAAUGUAUUACGGCUUGCAGGGAUGUCCCAGAACUGUGUAGGUGUAGGAGUGGAGGACUCUGGGGAAACUGUGCCCUUACAGCCAUGUCUUAUUACCCCUCCAUCCAGCCCCGAUACAAACCCCAAGGUCAAUGAAAUGGAAUGGGUUUGACAGCAGGAGAGGACAGCCAGGCUUCAGUGUUAGGAUGAUCAGCCAGUAAUAACUUAAAAAUACCUGACGUGACGCACUGGGAGAUGCUCAGGAAAAUAUCAGUAUUAGUUUGCAGCUUUUGUCUUUGCUGAUCUAAAGUCUGUUUUUAAAUAUCUGUUGAAAAUGAGGAGUUUUAUGUUUGUAGCAGCAGAAACAGCGGUUUGUUUUUCAGAUAAAAGCUGGAUUAAUGUAGCUUGAGCUGUUGAGGGUCCAGAAAAAUGAAAGCAUUCAACGCUGAACCACCAGAAAAUACAAGGAAAAAGAGGUUGUACGCAGUUUGAAUGCAAAGUACUCUGUGGUGAUGAUACUUCUAAAGCAGAUUGGCUUAAUAGGCCAUUAAAAUUACAUGAAAAUGCAAAAAAAUAUGUCAUUGGCACUCAUUUUUCAAGCUUAAACCAAGUCAUUGUGUGUGUUUACACCUUUACAAGUACAGAACAUUUUGCAUGCACAUGUAUUGCAUGAAAAAAACAAAUAAAUGCACUGUCUCUGACUAUAUUCUGACUAUAUGAAUAUAUUCAACUCCUUCGUCCAAGCGUGUCGAGUUGGUUUUAUACUGUGUUUUGUCUUACCAUUGAAACUGCAUUAAAUAAAGAAUUCAUCUUGGCAAAGCUUGA